AUGAACUCUCACCUAUCAGAAGGACCCCCAUCAGAAUCCAGGGAUGAGGACAUGAUCACUCCUGGUACGAAUGCAGAGUGGGAUUCUGAUGACUCGGCUGGCUUGUUGUUUAAUGUGAACAAGCUCACCAAGGUGGAAAGAGUCCAGGCAGAAGCCCGUGGCUAUAAGCUGAGCAAGGCUCGGGCUUUUGCAUCCGAUGAGCCUGUUGUGCCAAAGAAAGACCCCAGGGAGCUAGAGAAGGUUGACUGGAAGGAGACUGGCUUGACUAUGGGUGAUUUGUCUCCAGAGACUGAAGAGUUCGUCCCUUGGCCAUUGGUCCAAGGGUAUGUCGAGAGGUUUGUUGGGAAGCGCAAUUCUAGCAGAGCUGCACCAUACUUCACGCUCGAGGCUCUGCACGAGAACAGAGUCUGGGACCUUUACUACCUUCACUCUCCUCCUCCUAAGAUCCGGCCAAUGCUCUUUGUGCCGACAUACCAGUUUGAGCAUCUCUUGGAGGUCAUCAACGCAGAGCUGGAAGUGAGCUUCACUAUCCCUCCUGGGAAGAACCAGUGGGCUUUCCGCCUUCGUUUUGGCUUUGGGGGCACACCACGUCCUCGUUUCCUAGGCCGCUCAACCAGCGCAGAUUCAUUCAGAGACUUGCGAAACCAAAUUCCUCCAUUUAACUUUGACGAUGACUUGAACAAGGCUACCAAAGAGGGACAACAAUACCAGCACGACAUUUUUUACACCAUCAACUCACUCAUUCACAUGAAGAAAGGAAGCAAGUCAGACAAGAACCGUCUGAAGUGGACCUAUGCGCAUCGUUCUUGGGGCAGAUCCAUCAAGCGAGUCCAACGCUAUCUUGGACUGCGCUGUAAGGUCUCUGGUGAUGACGCUCCGCUUUCAGAGAUGCCACCAUCUCUGAGUUUGGAGAAAGUCAUCCCUUACGAGCCCGAGGGCUUGCCUGUCUUUAUCGCCAUCGACCUCGAGGCAUGGGAACGAAAUAACAACCUCAUCACCGAGGUUGGAAUCGCCGUAUUGGACACCCAACGUAUCCGAACAGUUCCUCCCGGUCGGAAUGGGAAAAAUUGGUUCGAUCUCAUCAGUGCCCGUCACAUUCGUGUCAAGGAGAAUGCCUGGGCGAGAAAUGAGCGCUUCGUUCUUGGCUGCCCUGACCGUUUCAACUUCGGUUUGAGUGAGUUGAUCAAGAGGAAUGAUAUCCCUCUCCUGCUCCGCAGCAUGAUCGAUGAGAACUUGUCAAAAAAGGAUAAGGACAUGGUUUCUGAAGGGGAUGACACUCCGAAGCCUCGCUCCGUCGUCCUCGUUUUCCACGAGGCGAGCUCUGAUCUCAAGUUGCUCUUAAAGAUUGGGUAUAACGCCUAUACUGCGGAAAACGUCAUUGACGUCGUUGACACCCGCGAGAUGUACCAGUGCUUGACGCGGAGCAACGACUCGUCAAGCCUGGCGUCGAUCUUGACCGACUGCAACAUCGAUUACUGCUGGCUACACAAUGCCGGAAACGACGCAGUCUACACGCUCCAGGCCAUGAUCGCACUUUCUGUCAAGGCACGAACUGCUAGCCUUGAGCGUGUGGGCAAGCCGAAGGCAACUCAUGUUCCCUUUGCUGAGUUCCAGGAAAAGGAGGGAUGGACAAGUGGAGGGGAAGAUUCCGAUGGCGGAGACCCUGUCAAACCGAUGCCGCCUCUCAGCACGAGCCCGGUGUGA